AUGCUAAACGGAGGCGUCGGUGUUGCUGCACUGCAAAUGCCUAAUUUGCACUUCACCUUCGAAGAUCUGUCAUGGGAAAGGUCGACGACUACACAAGAUCAGACCAUCCAUAAGAACAUUCUGCCAUCAGGCCUCGCAACACCAAGCUCACCGACUCAGAAACCUCACUCGGCCCCUCCGGAGCAGCCAACGAGUACGGGCACUAUCUUCUCAAGGGAGAGCCCUGUCGGCCGCGAGGAUGCCAAGGAGAUCCCCCAUUCCGUGGAUCGACCGGGACAGCAAUCUGAACUGCAUUCCUUCCCAAAAUGGAUGAAUAGUGAUCCCGAACGGCGCGCCCUCUCAGCCGUCUUCUCCGGCGUCCGACACCCUCGAUCCGGCGACCGACCGUACCGUACCUCGGGGGGCCGCUCGUGCAUCAACAUCGAAGGCCCCUUUUACGACGAAGACUACGACCGGUGGGAUUACUACGACACCAGCAGGCCCAGCGGGCCCAGGAGGCUGGACUACUGUCGGCACGGCGAAGUGGAAGUCGUGUGUUUACACUGCAACGGCAGCUAUGGACAUGGAGGGGACGGACGAGCUCGAAGCCGGGAUCGCGAUCGCGAUCGCCGCCGACGUCGCCGCGGCGGCGUAUACCGGACCCGCGAUGGCGCUGAAAUCAUAGCAUGCUACACCGGCGACUUUGAGUUCCCCUACGACGGCGGCGCACGUGGCGUCGAUGGAUACCCAGGAGAACGAGGACGUCGACCUCGACGACGACGGCGACGAUCAGGUCAUGGCUGGAGUCCAGAUCGGCAAUACGGCUUCGAGCCCAUGUACGACUUUGGGCCGAGCGCCUCGGAUUUUGAUUUCGAUUUCGAGCACGAGUCCGGCCUCGUCUAUGACUACGACUUCGACCGUGACUUUGAUGCUGGUUAUGAUUUCAGCUUCGAUUGUGAUUAUGGAGACGGGACAGGGCGCAGGGAACGGAGGAGACGGGGGUCACGAAGGGAUAGAGCGGCAGCAGACGACCUCUGGCGGGAAAUGGACAGGAUGGAGCGAAGAGCCGAUGAGGCGGAGCGCUGGUUGUGGAGAGAGUACGGGGGCUGA